AUGGCUUCGUCAGAUCUUUAUAUCUUUGAUGGUUCUUCUUCAUCUUCUUCCUCAAUUUUCCGAAACUCUAGUCCAGAUAUGUUCUCUUCAGACACAACAACAACGACAGAUUUGUUCUGCAACAACGAACUCUUUACUGUUGAUGAAUCUCUCAACAUGUUUGACCAUUUCACCCCUCACAUCCUCUCUUCAUCUCCUCCAAGCGACCUUCUCGGAACCUUAACUCUCUCUCAUCAGAUUCCCACUGGGUUAUAUCCAGAUAUCUCAGACGCCGUCAAAACAGAGCAGUUUUACGGUGGCUCCGGUCAUAAUCAGACGGAAACGGUUGCAUCAAUGGCGAGAAGCUACAGUGCAAUAGAUAAUGCGGGAAGAUAUAUGCAGAGAAGCUUGAGUACCAAUUUCGUCGACGGAAAACCAAAUCAGAUUCCGUUCAACAACGUUCCAAUAAUGGAUUACAAUACCUUGAACUCGCCGGAAAAUGACUUCUUUUCCGGUCAAAUGAUGCGACGAGUCUACAGCACUGGAGAUUUGCAGAACACAAGAAAGAAUGUUGCCGGGCAGAGAUCAUCGGAGCCGUUUCCAGACGAGCAGAACAUUAAGGUGGGACGUUACAGUGCAGAAGAACGUAAAGAGAAGAUCUCAAAGUACAGAGCUAAACGCAACCAGAGAAACUUUACCAAAACUAUUAAGUAUGCAUGCAGGAAAACGUUGGCGGACAGUAGACCUCGAAUACGUGGCAGAUUCGCACGCAACGACGAAGUUGUAGAAAUCCCCACAACUGAAGACGACGACACCGAGCUUUGGAAAUUGGAUGGGCUGCAUGAGGAAAACGAAGCUUUUGGGAGCAGCUUUGUGGUGCAACAGUCUCAUUUGCAAUACGCAGCUUCUGAUUUUUCUUCUUCUUUCUUCUGGUGAAGACUUUAAUAAUAAGACCAAGGUCGUCCAACAAUUUUUAGAAGAACGUAAAUUUUAAUAACCUGCAUUGUAUUUAUAUAUUGAAAAUGGCUUGUCAGGUGUCC